AUGACUUGGUUGGUCGUCCUACUACUCCUCCUUGGACGGACAAAAGCCCAGUUCCACUUUCCAAAUAUCUCUGAUCGAAGUGAACCUGACCUGGAAGAAAGCUUGCUCCAGCUUCUUGUAAACCUGCAAAAGGAGGAGUUCUUUGAUACCCUGCUUAUCUAUGGAGAAGAUUGUGUUUUUCAUUCCAUAUCCAAACAUUUGGAGGUGUCCACGGUGCUCAUCUCUAUGGGUAGUACGCCCUACGAUUGGGAUUUUAGCAGCCUGACCAUGAUCCUAAGCUGUUACUCCGAGGCUGAGAAGGAAUACACUAAUCGUACACUAAUGAAACUGCAAAGGAACAGGAGACUGAUCUACAUUCAGAAGGAUAUCCAUCCAGAGUCAGUGUGUUAUAGCUAUUCCCUAAAGGAGCAAUAUAACAUAGCAAUGGUGAGGGAGGAUUUUAAGGAUUCUCAAGUCAUCUACGCCUGUCGCUUCUUUCUGGACUCCAAGUUUGAAGAAAUAAAUUUAGCAGAAAGUCGACCAAUCUAUAUGGAAACCUUUCGAAAUAUGCACCGAAAACCUAUAAAAGUCAAGGCAGAUCUUUUAGCGCCUCGAUCUAUGCUUUAUGUGGACAAAAACACUGGUGAAACAAAGUUAACCGGUUACAUGGCCAAUUUGAUUAGCAAUUUUGCCGAAAGGCUGAACGCCACCUUGGAUGUGGAACCCAAGGAAAAUAAAUCCAACUUUCAUGAAAUACUGGAGAAAGUUAUCUCCGAUCAGCUGGACAUGGGAAUCACUAUGCAUACAACCUUGCACAAUGCACCACUUGAUACGGCCAGCUAUCCAUUUAUGCUGACUACUUACUGCCUGAUGCUCCAGAUUCCAUCCAAGUUGCCCUACAAUAAGGUAUAUGAGAUGAUAGUGGAUCCCCUGGUACUCGGCAUCACACUCGUCCUAUUCUGUAUACUUUCGGUGCUUUUGAUAUAUGGUCGUAAGAGGUCGUGGCAUGAUCUAAGCCUGGCCAACGUUUUGCUAAAUGAUGUCAGCCUACGUGGCCUCUUGGGACAAUCGUUUCCGUUUCCCCUCAACUCAAAUGGACACCUGAAGCUGGUCUUUAUUAUACUAUGCUUCGCUAGUGUCUUGAUGACCACCAUGUAUGAUGCCUACCUGCAGUCCUUCUUCACGAAUCCCCCUUCAGGACCUCAUAUCCGGACCUACCAGGAUUUCAGCAGGUUUCGUCAAAAGCUUGCAAUCACCGGAAUCGAAGUUGAGAUAUUGAACAAAAUUAAUAAUUCCAAGUUUCGUGAGAUGAAGAGGGAUGAUCUGGUUGUCUUUGAUGACUGGGAGGAAUGCAUUAGAUUGCGUGACUCUUUUAAUCUUAAUUAUAGUUACAUAGUGACGGGUGAUCGAUGGAGUUCUAUUGCGGAGCACCAGAAGAUCUUCAAGCAGCCGCUUUUCUACUUUUCCAAUGACCUCUGCUUCACCCGCCUGCUCUACAUGUCGAUUCCUCUAAGGCGACACCUGCCCUACCGCCAUCUCUUUGAAGACCACAUCCUCCGGCAGAAUGAGUUUGGAUUGGUCCAUUACUGGCGAGGUCACAGCUUCUUUGACAUGGUUAGACUGGGCAUAACGCCCCUCGAGGAUUUGAGUCAUCCAAAGGCCUAUGAGAAGAGCAUAAUAAUGGAAGAUGUCUCACGAAUACUGCAGUUCUACUUAUGUGGCAUGGUCUUUAGCAUUUUCUGCUUUCUCUUGGAACUGGGAGUGGCGAGGUGGAAGCGCAGGCGGGGAACGAGUGUGUAA